AUGUCCUCUAUAGUUCAUCAGAAUGUUGUUGUCACGGUCGAGCUACAGGCGCUGGUAGCCAUUCUGUCACCGGUGAAGUCGUGUCCGGAUGUUGUAGAUUCUGCCUGGUGGGUUGGAGAUGUGCAUGGAGAUUUCACCGUGAGCAACUGUUAUGGUAUAGCUAGUAAGUUUCGCAUCCCGUAUGGUCCAUGCAACAAAUUCUACAUGGCUCUUAAUUCGAGUUGGAAGGUGAAUAUCCCGUUUAAGACUAAAUCUAUUGGUUUGAGUUCCAUGGAUCAGUGUCACAACAAGACGCAUUUUGGCAAGAUGGGACCAUCAGCACCUUCCUUGUGCACACCCCAAUGGCAGCCACCAUCAUCACCUUCCUUCUUCUCACCUCCAUGGCAGCCACCAUCAACACCCCAAUGGGGUCUUAAUGGUCACAACAACCGGCCACCAUCAACACCUUCCUGGUUCACACCCCAAGGGCAGACAUCAUCAACACCUUCCUGGUUCACACCCCAAGGGCAGCCACCAUCAACACCUUCCUGGUUCACACCCCAAGGGCUGCCACCAUCAACACCUUCCUGGUUCACACCCCAAGGGAAGCCACCAUCAACACCUUCCUGGUUCACACCCCAAGGGCAGACAUCCUCAACACCUUCCUGGUUCACACCCCAAGGGCAGCCACCAUCAACACCCCAAUGGGGUCUUAAUGGUCACAACAACCAGCCACCAUCAACACCUUCCUGGUUCAUACCCCAAGGGCAGCCACCAUCAACACCUUCCUUGUGCAGACCCUGGCCCCAAUGGGGUCAUACUAGUCACAACCAGCCACCAUUCAAGGUGGUUUUGAAUCCGGUUCAAUCAGAGAGAAACAUAACUGAUUUAGCCACGAAGAUUCAGAGGGUUGCAAGAGGGUAUCUUGUGAGGAAGAGUGUGAAGAAGAUGCUGAAGAUAAAGGUGGAGUUGGAGAAGAUUAAAAAGAAGGUGAAUGAUGAAGAAACUGUGAAGAUGAUAAAGGAAGUGCAGAUGGAGAGCAUGAAGAUCGACGAAAGCCUCACAAAUUUGCUUCUUAGGUUGGAUUCUGUUAGAGGGUUUCAUUGUUCUGCGCUUAGGGGGUUUAGAAGGUCACUAGUUAAAAGAGCUGUUUUUCUUCAAGAAUUUGUUUAUCAAAUUCAAACGGAGAUCAAGGAGAAUGAGGACGGUGACAAUGGUAAAUGCGUUAGGGCAGCGAUGAAGAUUCAGAUGGUUGCAAGAGGGUAUCUUGUGAGGGAAAGCAUGAAGAAGAUGUUGAAGAUAAAGGUGGAGUUGGACGAGAUCGAGAAGAAGGUGAAUGACGAAGAAACUGUGAAGAUCAUGAAGAAAGAGCAAGAAGAGAGAAUAAGGAUGGAUGGAGCCAUCAUGGAUGUGCUUCUUAGGUUGGAUUAUGUUAGAGUGUUUCGUUGUUCUGUGCUACGGGGGUUUAGAAGGUCACUCAUUAAAAGAGCUAUUUUUCUGCAAGAAUUUGUUGAUCAAAUUCAAAUGGUGAACGAGGAGAAUGAGGAUGGUGAUGAUGGUAAAUGCAUUAGGGCAGCGAUGAAGAUUCAGAUGGUUGCAAGAGGGUAUCUUGUGAGGGAAAGCAUGAAGAAGAUGUUGAAGGUAAAGGUGGAGUUGGACGAGAUCGAGAAGAAGGUGAAUGACGAAGAAACUGUGAUGAUCAUGAAGAAAGAGCAAGAAGAGAGAAUAAGGAUGGAUGGAGCAAUCAUGGAUUUGCUUCUUAGGUUGGAUUAUGUUAGAGUGUUUAGUUGUUCUGCACUUCGGAGGUUUAGAAGGUCACUCAUUAAAAGAGCUAUUUUUCUUCAUGAAUUUGUUGAUCAAAUUCAAAUGGUGAACGAGGAUAAUGAGGACGGUGACGAUGGUAAAUGCGUUAGGGCAGCAACGAAAAUUCAGAUGGUUGCAAGAGGGUAUCUUGUGAGGAAAGGCAUGAAGAAGAUGAUGAAAAUAAAGGUGGAGCUGGAGGAGAUUGCGAAGAAGGUGAAUAAUGAAGAAACCGUGAUGAUCAUGAAGAAGGAGCAAAAAGAGAGAACAAGAUUCCGCGAAACCAUCAUGAAUUUGCUUCUUAGGUUAGACUCUUUUGCUGUGUUUCAUUGCUCCCCUCUUAGGGAGUUGAGAAAAUCGCUUAUCAAUAGGGCUAUUUUUCUUGAUGAAUUUGUUGAUCAAAUUCAAACCAUGCUUGAGGUUGAAGAUUUUGAGGUAAUUGAAGAUGUGGAUGAAGAGACGAUGGAGGUUGAAGAGAGUGUGGAAUCUUGUUUGGUGGAGGAAGGAGAUGGAGGGAUUGAUAGUGAAAUGUUGACAAGGAUGAUGGAUGGGAAUAGGGAAAUGUUAAGAAUGAUUAUGGAUUAUAGUGAGAAGCAAACUUCAGUUCUUACAUCUCUCACACAAAGAGUGGAGCAGCUUGAGAUAGCAUUUACUUGUGAUAAGAAUAGGAGAUAUGCUUGCAAGAAAUAG